AUGGCUCCACAUAAACCACAAGAAUUCACUUCAUUGGUUCAAAAGUUGAAGAAAAUGGACAAGGCAGAAAGAAUUAAAUUUUACCGAGAACGUACGAAACACAUGGCCAACAAACAACAAGCUAAGCAACAACAAGAUCACCCUCUCGCUAAUAACAAGAGAAAGAAAGAAUAUUAUUCUGAUGAUGAUCAAAAUGAUGAUGAUGAUCAACAUGAUGAUGAUAAACAACAAAGAAAGAAGAGAAAAGAACAAGAAGAACAAAAUGAUAGAAAGGAAAUGUCUGAUGACGAAUCCGAAGAAGAAACAGACGACGAUCAAGAAUCAGGUGAUGAUUCUUCUGACUCUGAAUGUGAUGAACAAGAAGAAGAAUUACAAGAAGAACAACAUGAAGAGCAACAACAAGAGGAACCAGAAGUAAUAACAAUAGAUGAUGACGAAGAAGAUUCUGAUGAAGAUUCUGAUGAAGAAGAUUCCGAUGAAGAAGAAACCGACAAAGACCAAGAAUCAAUCGACGCCUCUUCUGAAUCAGACAAUGAUGAUGACAAUGAUGAACUGAGACGAUUUUUCCAUAGACACUGGCGCGGCUCCAAAGCACAAUUUGUCAGAGAUUAUGGACCUGAGAAUGUUGAUGCUUCAAUUUUUUGCAGAUGGUUGAGUAGAAAUAUUAAGGUCAGCUGGACAAGCUCCUUUGUUAGAAAAUACAUGGAAGCAUUGAGCCAGACUCAAGCUACUGAAGCACUUGCUCACGAUGAAGAACAUUCAGAGUCAGAAGAGGAUAGAGACGAAAUGUCUGACGAUCAAGCAGAAGAAUGGAAUGUUGUAAACGAUGUAGAGGUGCCAGCGGAACCAGAAAUAAUAAUAAUAGAUGAUGAUGAUGAUGAAGAAGAAGAUCAAAACACAGAGGUACAUUAUUCUCAAGAACAAGAAGAGAUGGAUAAUUGCUUAACAGAACAAACUGAGUACCUCAUGAAUCAUGAGAAACAAGAAGAAAAAAAAUCCCUCACAACAACCACUAAGGGAAUGGACAAGAAUGCAGGAGGGAAAAUUUUGAAUGAAGAACACAAAGAGGAAGCAGAAAAAAUUAAUACUUCGGAAGGUAGUGAAGAAAACAAACUAGAAGGAAUGAACAAGAGAAAGAAUUUGGAUUUUUAUCAGCAAAAGACAAAGAAGAGAAAAGAAUCCAAAAAAGACACAGAUGAUGAUGAAGCUAGAGAGGAAACCAAUAACAACACGCAUAACCAUGUAAUUAAUGCAAAUGAAGAGGAUGAAGAAUGUGUGAAUGAUAACAAAAUUGGAGGUAAUUUCGAAGAAGAACCAAAAGAUAGCACUUCUCAGUUGAAAGAAGUUACAUGUCCUCCACCACAUCUUCCAAAUGGAUUGUCCUAUAACAGAAAUAUACCAAUAACUAUUAGGGACAUUCCAAUUUAA